CAAGAAAUUGGAAAUUGAAAUUGAAGGUCCAGACCAUGUGGCUUUGGUCACUUUGGUGUAAAUAAAAUUCAUUGAGAUCGAGGUAUUUUCGUGAUUUUCGGGGAAUAUGGGGCGAAAAGCGAAGUUUGAGGGAGGUGUGGUGUCCAGUGGUCCUGGGAGAAAAUCGAAAAAACAGAAGGAUCCGGUUUUCCCGAAGGAAUUGAUUGAAAAAGAGGAGAAGAAACUGAGUCACAAGCAGAAGCAGAGGGCACGCAAGAGGCAGGCGAAGAAGGUUGAGAAGGAGCUGAAGAAGAAUGAACCCAGGGCGAAAAAACCGAGGAAGGUGGAGGAAGCUGUUGAGGACGAGCCUGAGGAGUCGAGUGACGAUGACGAAGAUUCUGGAGUGGCCGAGGAAAUCACAAAGCCAGGGGCUUUUGUCCUGAGGAAACCCAGGGGAUCAGACUCCGAAUCAUCAUCAUCACAAGAAGAAGAAAAAGAAGAAGAAAAUACUGAUGAUGAUGAGGAUGAGGAUGAUCUGCUCCCAAUCGAGCGUCAAAACAAGAAGCUGAAGCGUCAAAAGAAGCUCGACGCAGCCCUGGACGCAGCAGAGACCACGGAGAUGGCCUCCCACUGCGUCUUCGAGUUUCCCACCGAAUCCGAGCUGAAGGAGAUCACGAGUAUCAAGGACAUUCAGGCUCGGAUAAAGGACGUGAUCAUGGUGCUGAACGACUUCAAACGCUUCCGAGACCCCAACAGGUCCCGAUCGGAGUACCUGGCCCUCCUGAAGUCCGACCUCUGCGCCUACUACAGCUACAACACCUUCUUGAUGGAGAAACUCAUGCAAAUUUUCCCCCUCUCCGAGCUCGUGGAGUUCCUCGAGGCCUCGGAGGUGCAGCGCCCCAUGACCCUGAGGACAAACACCCUCAGAACGCGCAGGAGGGACCUCGCGCAGGCCCUGAUCAACCGUGGGGUCAACCUGGACCCCAUUGGAAAGUGGACCAAAGUUGGACUCGUUGUUUACUCGUCACAGGUGCCCAUGGGGGCCACUCCAGAAUAUCUCGCUGGUCACUACAUCCUGCAGGGCGCCUCGAGUUUCCUGCCAGUGAUGGCCCUGGACCCGAAGGAGAGCGAGAGGGUUCUGGACAUGUGUGCAGCGCCCGGGGGCAAGUCCUCGCACAUCGCAGCCCUAAUGAAGAACACCGGGGUCUUAUUCUCAAACGACGUCAAUCAGGACCGAGUGAAGGCUGUCAUUGGGAAUUUCCACCGGCUGGGGAUCGUCAACUCCGUCAUCUGCAGUCACGACGGCCGCAAGAUACCAGGGAUCAUCAAGGGUUUCGACAGGGUUCUCCUGGACGCCCCCUGCACCGGCACUGGAGUCGUGGCCAAGGAUCCCAGCGUCAAGACUAAUAAGGAUGAGGUGGACGUCCAGAGGUGCUGCACCCUCCAGAGGGAAUUGCUGCUGGCUGCCAUCGACUCUGUCAACGCCAAGUCAGGGUCUGGGGGUGUAAUCGUGUACUCCACCUGCUCCAUCCUCCCCGAGGAGAACGAGUGGAUCGUAGACUACGCCCUGAAGAAGAGGGACGUCAAGGUCGUGCCGACAGGUCUGGAAUUUGGGGAGGAGGGCUUCACGAAUUACAGACAGCACAGGUUUCAUCCCUCCUUGAAGCUCACGAGGAGAUUCUACCCUCACGUGCACAAUAUGGACGGAUUUUUCGUCGCCAAGCUGAAGAAGUUUUCGAAUAUUAUUCCCAAGAGGAACGCGAGGGAGGAGGAGGAAGAGGCGCAGGAGGGAAACACUGAGUGAAUUAUUGAUUCAGUGGAUUUAUUACAUUUUUUACAUCAUCGUGCUGUACAUAAGGAUUACUUCUGGGGGAUUCAGUGGAAGAAGAUGCUCUUCAGCUGCUUCUCGCAGAGACGCUUCACCUCGUCUGGAAUUGAUUUUAAUUUUCGAGAGGAGAAUGAUUCAUUUGUUUUGUAAUAAAAUAUUGUGAUGGAGAUUUUUUGAUAUUUUUUUAGCACUCACCAUCGAUUUCGAUUAUGUUCGCGUUCUUCUGCUGAAUGACGACGAAGAACUCUCGUAGGUUGGACAGCUUGCCCACGACCCAGUAGUCACUCAUGGUCUUGAUGACGACCUCUCCAGCCUCCUUGAGCUUGUUAGUGUCGCUGUGAAUGUCGGUGAUUAUCCUGAGGACCUCGGGGGUGGUGAGGACGUUGGAGACGCGUCUGUUGUCGAGAUGAAUGGUGCUCUUGUACGCUAAAUUCAGUCUGUUGAAGUAUAAGUAUUUGGGGGUGGACUCCCCCAGGUCGGGAACGUGCUUGGAGCACUGAUCGGCCACUGAGCUGACCAGAGUCGUCAGCUGGGGGCCCAGGAAGGCGUCGAGACUCUUCAGGUAGUCGAUGAGGAGACCUGUGGAGCCUCCGGGGAAAAGCAAAUGACUCAAGAUUGCAUCUCUAUUGAUCACAGGACAACUGAUCACGGGACAAUUGAUCACGAGAAAAAUAAUCAGAAUAAUUAGAUCAUCAAGAAAAUACAUCACACAAUAUUAAAUUAUCAGUAAUUCAGUGUAUUUAGUGUAUAUUUAAUUACGAUGAAAAAAAAA